AUGUUACAAAAAAAUUGUUAUCUUUUAUUUGGUGGCUUUAUUAUGAUAUUCACACAUGUAUUUAGUAUACCAAGAAUGAAAUUUUUUCAAAAAAUCAUUGCAGUAUCGUCAAAUAUUCCCCAGGAAUAUUUUAAUAAUAUUUCAAAAUUAAUAAUAGCAAAAGAUAUUGUUGGUUAUAUUUUUUUAAUAUUUACAUUAACUUAUAUUGUAAUUUACGAUAUUCAAACUUUGAUAAGUGUUACAUAUUUGCAUGUAUCAUUGGUGGUUUUUCUUGCUGAUACACAAUAUAUUAAUUGUGUGUAUGUUAUUGAAAUGUGUUUUAAAAAAAUUAAUGAAACACUGAAAAAUUUAAAAUUUACUAUGAUGACAAAGGAGCCACAUCUUUUGAGAAGAACCUAUCAUGAGCAGCAUAAUUCAUUGUUGUUAAUUGAAAUUAAUAAACUUCAAAAAGAACAUCAUGAAGUAAGCGAUAUUUUAAAAAUGCUAAAUUCCACAUAUGGCCUUCAUGUUGUUGCAAGUAUAACAAUGAUGUUCACAGAAAUUACUUUUAGACUUUAUUUUUAUAUUUUAAAACUUUUACGAAAUAAUGCUGAGGAAAUUUUUGAAUUACAUUUUUACAUAGCAAUGUUUUAUUAUGUGUUGAAGCUAACUUUCAUUGUUAGAAUUUGUGAAAAUGCAAAAAUUCAAGCACAAAAAAUUGGAAAUACAGUUCACGAUGUUUUAUUAUCAACACAUGAUGUCAAGAUAAAGGAAGAGCUUUAUUUAUUUUCCUUGCAACUUCUGCAUCGCAAUAAUGUAUUUUGUGCAAGAGGUCUUGUUAUUAACUUCUCACUACUCAAUGAGAUAACGGGGGCAAUCACCAUGUAUUUAUUAAUAUUAAUACAAUUUCAUAUGUCAACGCCAUUAGUAAUCUCCAAUGUUGAAGAUAAACAAUAAAUUUAUUGCAAAUACAAAAAAAAAUUUAAUAUUCCUUAUGAGAGAAAAGUGCCUGUACAUAUACUUUCCGUUUUACAUAUAUAAAUAGAAGGAAGAUAUUUGACCAGGAAAUCAAAUUAUGACUACGCAUGCUCGACAAAGCAACGGGACGAAGUAUCAAUACAUUUAAGAAUUUAUAAUUUGAAAAUAUUCUUACCGUAAAACUGUAAAAUGUAUAUGCAUAGAUAAAUAUAGGACUUAGUUUUAGAAUAUUUUUAAUAAAUAUGCUCUUUAGUCUUUAAACUAAUUAUUCCACAUGGUGAGUAGAGAUAAAAAAA